AAGGCUAUUUCACCAUCGAUAUCGUAUGCAACAAUAGCUCUUUUGAUACCAUAAAAUAUCAUCGAGUCUAUAUUUUCUGGCUGUGUAAUUGUGGAGCUAACAGAUAAGAAACGAUCGGGCGGGUGAAAGUUCAUUCCGAGUCCAUGUGUCAAGUGUUACAUGCAGAGAGACGGGUCAACUAAGAAGGACGGCAUCGCGACAAGGUGAGACCGGGGCGGCGGCACCUUGAAUCACAUUCAGGGACUGCCCUAGCAUUGUGUUUGGCGAUGCUUUGUUCUCCAGUCGCCAGACCAGCCUUCCACCAUGCCGGUUCUACACAGAAACCAUUCCGUAGUUCCCCUCCAACCGUCUGACUAUAGGGAAUAUCAGGGAGUCAUGUUUUCGGCGCUAUAUCCGCCUGAAGACAUCAGAGCACUUCAGGGAUUUCAAGUUCGGGACGACGACGUUUUCAUCGCGAGCUAUCCACGGUCAGGUUCCACGUGGAUGGAAGAGAUCGUGUCUCUCAUCUUUAAUGGCGGGGAUGUGAGCCGGGUGGCGACCGUGCCGGUGUACGAGCGGGUACCGUGUCUGGAGGAGCGGCCGGUCGGGACCAGGGUGCCGAACCGCCGCCUGCUGGACGCCGCCGCGGGCCCCAGAGUCAUGAAGACCCGCCUGCCCUGGAGCAUGGUCCCGCCUCAGGUCCGGCAGGGGAAAGGCAAGGUUGUGUACCUCGCCAGGAACCCCAAAGACACGUGUAACUCCCUUUACCACUUCCACCGCAUGAGCCGAUGUCAUGUCACACCCGAGUCCUGGGCGGAAUUCUUCUUUCACUUUGUCGAAGGCAAAGUUGAGUUCGGGUCUUGGUUCGACCACAUCCUCGGCUGGCAGACACAUGCCAGCACCUAUCCCACAAAGAUGCUGUUCGUCAAGUAUGAAGAUUUACACAAGGACCCUCACAUGGUCGUGGCGCGAGUGGCACAGUUCCUGGGCCGGCCCCUGCCGCCACAGACCGUGGACACCGUCGUCAAACACUGUCGGUUCGACAACAUGAAGGCUAACCCCAUGACCAACUACUCUAACGAUGACCGCUUCGACUUCAGCCAAUCAGAGUUCUUGAGAACAGGAACUGUGGCUAACUGGAAAAAGUUCUUCCUGGUCAUCAACAGCCUGGAUUUUGACCGGAUCUACGCGGAGCGGAUGCAGGCGAGCGGUCUGCAGUUUGAUUACGACAGGACCGGCGAGUUCGGGGCGGACAGAGACCUGGACGAUUAUUGUUUCAGAUAAAAAGAUUCAAAAAAGUUAAGGCCAUAUUGAUUUGAUUGUAUGGAUGACAUACUCUAUGAAUACCAAACUGAUGCGAGCGUGCGAAUAAAAAAAAGUAUGGUAAAAUGAAAUCUUAAGUGGUCAGGAAGGUUGAAGAACGUACUUAACACAAAGAGUAUGGUGUACCUUACAAUAGAUUCUUCAUUUUUGUUCUUUCACAUCUUCUUCUUUGACCUUGAAAAUAACCUUGGCAUCCGAUGACAUAAGAACACGUUUUUCUAUAUUUUGUUUUGAAAUCUACAGCAUGUAUUGGCCCUACUUUGUACGACUAACAGUGUGGCUGAAAAGUUUUCUUUUUGGAAAAGGUCGAAAAUUCAUGCGGGCACGGAUGUUAUCCAUAUAAUCAAACCCAACAUGGCCUUAUGUCAGGAAAAUCACAAUGGUGCUAAAGAAAUAGAUAAUAAGUGAAAUGCUUCGUCCAAAUGAUUUUCUUUACUUUUUUCUGACCACGUAAAAUAGGAGUAGAUCAAGUGGUGAAUAGGUUGCAGUGUUUUUUUUUCUAUCCUUUGUGUUUCUCAUGAUUUGCUGGUUACAAAAGGGAACGUGCAUUGACCUUAUGAUUAAGGCUUUGAAAAUACCUCAGAUCAUUAUAUGAUCCUCCAAAACAUGAAUCUAAUAUCACUACAAAUGCGUAAAAUUACAUUAUGAUACGGACAUUGAUUAUUGCCAAUGGUGCGCUUGUAUAUUCAAAAUCUUUAUUCAACCGUUGAAACAGCAGUUGAGUUGUGAAUUGUAUAUGGUGUAUUUGACCACUCUGCUGUUUCAGCCUCGGCAGCUAACUAUUAUAAAGCAACAGGAAUAUCGUCCUAACGUAUUUUCCAUCCAAAUAAAGUCUUUUAACUGAAAACGA